CCACCCUGAACGCAACCCUCCCAAAAUAGCAGCGCGACUUCAGGAAGCCGCCAGCUUAAAAAAUGGCUGAAGUAGUUUCGCCAAUAACUCGACAAGUCACGAAAGGAAAUCGGGAAAUCUGGACCCCGUCUGUCGACAUUCGUCUCGAAGACGUCGAGGAUUGUUUGAUUUACGAUCGGCAUGGAGUCUCAGUUCGGUUCAAGACAUUAUAUCAAGACAGGAAAUCGGUCAUAAUUUUCGUGCGGAAUUUCCUGUGCUACAGCUGUAAAGAAUAUGUGGAAGAUCUGAGCAAAAUACCUAAAGACGUGUUGGAGGGUGCUGGCAUUAGACUGGUUGUGAUUGGUCAGUCUGCUCAUCAUCAUAUAGAGUCGUUCUGCUCACUGACAAGGUAUCCUUAUGAAAUGUAUGUGGACCCAGAGAGGUGCAUUUAUGAAACGCUUGGGAUGAAGAGAGAGGAGACAUUUACAGACUCAGCCCACCCUAGUCCCCAUGUGAAGUCUGGUGUCUUCAUGGGGCAACUGAAGAGUAUAUGGCGGGCCAUGACAAGCCCUGUAUUUGACUUCCAGGGUGACCUACAUCAGCAAGGGGGAGCCAUCAUUGCAGGGCCAGGCACACAAGUUCAUUUUUGCCAUUUUGACACAAACCGCUUGGACCACAUGCCCAUUAACUGGCUCCUGCAGCUCGCCGGAGUUCAGCAGACUCUGGACUUCAGCGAUAAGCCAAAGAUCAUCCAUGUGUAGCCAGCUGGCCACCUACGAGUGUGCUUAGUCUCACAUCACUGUUUUUAUCACAUAUUGCAGGGAUGCAUAUGCUGCAAGUUUGUACAUUCGAUUUGAAAAUUUGUUUGCGGAGACUGUUGUCCGAGAGCGCAAGUGAUGUGCGGCUGAGUGUGUAAGGAGCGUAUGAAUGCAUUACUGUUUGUGUUUUGUCUAAUUUUCUACAUUUUCUGCCUUUUGUAUCAGAGUCAUCACAUCACUGUCUUAUGUUGUGCAAUGCUGCUCUUACUUGUAAUGAGAUAGUCACAGUCUUUUUAUACCGACUCACUGUUUAUUAUACGAUGAAUAAAGUUUAAUUG